AUGAAGUGCGCUUUGAUCUUGGCUUGUCUAACACUUUAUGUGGCCUAUACAUCUGGCCAGGACUUUUGCCGGGGUCGACCAGUUCUUCAGGUAUGUCAAGGUGGUCGGGAUGAGGGAAACGCAAAUAUCUGGACUUGCCAUGCCAGGAACCAGGAAAUGUGGUUUUACAAUUCCCGGACCAGGAGCUGCUCCAGGAUGCGGUACCGCGGCUGUGGAGGCAACAAUAAUCGCUACUGCUCCGAGAACCAUUGCCGGCGAGUUUGCAGACGCUAA